AUGUUUUCAUGCUUCCUUGCAGCCGCAUGGCAUACCGCUAAGCAGGCGCUACCAGCAUUCCUUCUCGCUGCCCUUCUCACAGUUAGCGCCUUGCAUACACUCUCGGGCCUGAGUCGCGAUGCGGCAAAUCUUGUCUUGGCAGCUUUACGUGCACUACUCUACGGCGCGUUCGUCGCUUGUAACGCAGCCAGUGCUCCUCGUGGCCAACAUCCGCUCACUGCAGACCAGCAUGGCAUACUCGACUCUAUUCCGCGCGACGUCAGGACCGUGUUGAGAACCCUCAAUUUGGAGCCUGAGGUUACGCGAUACGCUGCAUGC